AUGAAUAUAGAUGUUCUCAUACCAGAUGAUAAACUCCAUCUACCACAGGGCCUGGUUGUGACAUCAGGAGCACAAUUUGCCUCUAAUUUAUACAUAGGAUUGGCAAAUGGAAGUCUAUCGGUGCUAAAAGUCAACGAAAGAGAAGCCGAACCGAACCCUGUUUUUAAGACUAUCCGAGGUUCUAAAUCUUUCAAUGAAGUAAAGCAACAAUUUUCCAGAAAGUCCGAUACACAUUCAUUAAUACUCGACACCACGUUCCGUAAUACUACCGGAGAUAAUCGUCCAAUUGAAAAAAUUGAGUGUUUUCAGCUCGAAUCGUCAGGUCCACUUUAUGUUCUCAUAUCAAAGACGGACAGUAUACGAUUAUUUGAAAGAGUUGACUCACAUUUGAACUUGAUUCAGGAACUAAGUGAAGUGAAGCCAUGCUACGAUUCCUGUCUUUUUCGGGCCCCUAAAGGUCAGCUAUACUUGCUUGCAGCCGUGAAGAAGAAAAUAAUCGUUUUCACCAUAACUUCAAAAGGCCACAACAAGAUACAGGUACAGCUUCACAAAGAGAUAACUGUCAAGGAGAGAAUAAAGCGAAUUGUUGCUACUCAAGAUGAAAUACUCAUGGAGCUUGUGAACGACUAUAAGAUUCUCAAUGCCAACUUUCAGAUUUCAUCCCUUCCUGUGAACGAAGCAGACCUUCAAAAUUUUGCCCUGGCUUCUUCAUUCAGCUACUUUAGCCUCUCAAAUUCAGGACCUCAGUCAUUCGUGCUUCCCAUAAAGAACUCGAAGUUUUUGCUUAUGAAGGAACAACAAACGGCACUUUUAGACAUCAAAGGCAAAAGUUUCAGUCCCUCAUUAAUGAAGUCAGCGCCAAUCCCCGUAUCAAUAACCUUCAUUUCCCCCUCAUAUGCGCUACUUGUAUAUCCAAAAAAGAUGGAGGUAGUGGAAAUAUAUACUGGUGAAGUGAUUCAGACCUAUAACCAUCAAGCGAAUUCAAAUUCGAUACUAACGACUCGCUUUAACGACACCUUGAUCUUCGCCACUGGUAACGACAUUUUAAGCUUUUCGAUAACUGACCAAGAUAGCCAAUUGAAGCAGUACCAGAUAAUAGCGCACUCUCCCUCACUGGUUCACAAAUCAGACCCCAAGAGUGAUGUGAGAUUGCUAAGCAUAAUGAGAGCAAUUCAGCUUUUAAAGUCAGGUUACGAGUUCCAAAGUCCUACUUCUCAACCUCUGUAUUCAAAAGAGGUUCUAUUACGCAUACGACAAUUAUACAGCUUGCGAGCGAAAAUCGUCUUUAAGCUGUACCACCGAUACCACGAGUCACUUGUUGAUAUUGGGUCGGAAUGGGUAUUAAACUACAAGGACAUACUUAGCUUGUUCCCCAACUUUCUCAACGGUGGUGACCAUAGUGGAGACUCAGAGAAAGAUGAUGAUAACACUUUGAAACUGAUAACCUUGCAAGAGCUCUCAAAGAGCAAGGAGUUUGGCUCUCAAACAGGAGAGUCAGGCACUGAGCAGGAAGGACCACAAGGAGAUACUCGAAGUAGGGAAUCCCUCAUGUUGAAAAAGUUCACGAAGGCAGUGAACAAUUUAAUCAUCUACCUCACAGAUCAAAGACGUAUAGUGCUUACAUUUUUGAACGAUUCGAGUGCUAAGAUUGACUGGAAAGGAGUCAGCUUAGUUCCCGAAGAUUUAUUUGGAGAAGAAAGCGCUAGUGAACUUCAAAAAGCAGCCGUUGCCAUUGAUACGUCGUUGUUUCUUUGCUAUUUCCACUUGAAGCCGAUGCUUUUGGGCCCACUUCUACGUCUUCCGAACAAUUUUUGCAACUCAAAGGUCGUCAAUGAAUGUUUGAUUAGUGGGUUACACGAACAUAACGCAAACCCUGUUUUCAUUAAGGAGCUUCUUGACUUUUAUUUUACGAGAAACUUACAUAGAGAGGCAUUGGAGAUGCUCCACGACUUGGCACACAAGGAUAUCACCGACCAUGAAGAUCAAUUUGACGAGUUUUUGAAUGGUCCUUCAUUGACAAUACAGUACCUUCAGAAACUCACUAAUCUGGAGCUAGAUCUCAUCUUUGUAUUUGCUUGUUGGGUUUUAAAGGAGAACUCUGAUGACAUGAUGGAGAAUGGAAGGUUGAUCUUCAUGAACGAUACCUUUGAAUGUGAGAGUUAUGACAAUUUUAAGGUCCUUGAGUUUCUUACCGGAGGGAAUGGCAUGUUUCACAAUGACCUUCUUGCUAUUCGCUACCUCGAAUGGCUCCUCAGCGAGACCGAUAUACUUGACAGCAAAGAAAACAAAAAUCAUAUGAUAGCGAAGUUUCAAACCAAAUUAUGCCUACUUUACUUGGAUGUGCUAUACAAUGAUUUUGAUCAAGAGGUUUACGACAAGCUUUACAAGUUCUUACAGAAAUCUUCCCUGUAUGAGCCAUGGACGAUUCUCAAACGUAUAAAAACGACGGAUGACCGGUACUUGAGACUCACAGUCUUCAUAUACAAACUACUUGGGGAGCAUGACAAGGCUGUUGACGUUCUAUUUGGUCAGCUCAAUGAUUUUGAGAGUGCUAUGCAUUAUGCUGCAGAUAUUCAUCAGAUGCAUUCAACCGAGGAGCCUCAAUCUGGCAACAAUGAAGAACUAGGAAAAAGGCUUCUUUUCAAGUUACUCGAAGAUCUCCUUAUGGACUAUCGCGAGAAUAUGGACAAGAUCGAAUGUCUACUUGAACUUCAUGGUUCGAAGAUGUCAGCAUUGCACAUUCUUGCGUCACUUCCAUCUCUGUUCCCACUCGCCCGUCUUUCAACUUUUUUGAGGACACACUUGCUAAGAUUAAAACAAACUUCACAAGAUUCAAGCUUACAGUCUCAAUUGAACAAGGUGGGAAUGAUUAAAAUUCAGCAUGAACUUGCAACCACUGAGGGAAAAGCAUACAAGAUAAAUUCUGGAAAACAGCCAUGUGCCAUCUGCCGAAAAAAGUUAGGAUAUGGUGUCUUCACGAUAGACUCAAACGAACAUAUAGUACAUUACAGUUGCUAUAAGUAG